CCAGCCCCUCGGCCCCGCAGCCCCCGGGGGUCCUGAGCCCGUCGGCCGUCCCCUCCCCUCCCGCCCCCCGGCCCUCCCUCGGGGGACCAUGAGCGGGGGCAAGAAGAAGAGCAGCUUCCAGAUCACCAGCGUCACCACCGACUACGACGCCCCCGCGGGGGGUCGGGCCGGGCCCCCGGGCCCCCGCCUCCCCGACGGGGAGCCCGGCCAGCCGCCGCCGCCCCCCGGGACCCAGGCCUCCCGCUUCCGCGUGGUGAAGCUGCCCCAGGGGCUGGGGGAGCCCUACCGGCGCGGCCGCUGGACUUGCGUGGACGUCUACGAGCGGGACCUGGAGCCCCCCGGGCCGGGCCGCCUCCUGGACGGGGCGCGGGCGGGCGGAGGGGCCGGGGGCCGCUCCCUGGACUCCCGGCUGGAGCUGGCCGGCCUGGCCCUCGGGCCCCCCGGGCCCCCCGGGCCCCCCGGCCCGCAGCCCGGCCCCCACUCGGCCCCCCGCCUCCGCCCGCCGGGCCCCGGCCCCGCCGCCCAGGCCCGCUCCUUCACCGGGGGGCUGGGGCAGCUGGCCGCCGGCCCCGGCCGGGCCCGGACCCCGCCCCCUCAGCGGCCGCAGCCGCCGCCGCCCCCCCCGGACGCCAGGUGGGACCCCGCGGCCGGCGAGGGCCCGGCGCCCCGGGCCUCCACCCCCGUGCCCGCCCUGAGGCUGGAGGCCGACGGGGGGACCCCGGCGUCCACGCCCCCCACCGCCAGGAGGAAGGACGGGCCCGCCUGGCCCAGGAGGGACCCCGCCGACGACCGGGGCCUGCUUCCUCUCGGGGGCUCCCGCCCCUCCUCCCCGGCCCUGUCCCUGCUCCGAGAAGGCAGCCCCGCCCGGAAGACCCCCGACCCCUUCGGCGUGGCCGCCCAGCGCCUCGGCCUCUUUGUCAUCGGAGGGGCCGUAGACAGCGACGAUGACAGCGGUUCCGGAAGCAUGGUGGCCAUCGACAAUAAGAUCGAACAAGCCAUGGUCCGCUUUCUCCUGGACCCUCGGCCCUCCCGGGACGCAUCGGCCGAGCCGGGACCGGAGCCGGGCAGCCCGGCCGCCCCGGAGCUGCACAGCAGCCUGGGCCUGCAGCUGCAGCUGCAGCGGGCGGCGGCCCAGGAGGCCGACGACGAGUUCGACGCCCUGAGGGCGGCCGAGGAGCAGCUGAGGACCUCCUUCCUCACCCGCUGCGGCCUCGACGGCAGCUUGGCCGAGGGCCUGAACGUGCCCAGGUCGCGGCGCCUGUUUCGGGACCUGGUGAGCCUGCAGGUGCCGGAGGAGGCCGUUCUCAGCGAGGCGUUGAGGGAGAGACUGGCGCUGCUGCCCCCCCCGCCCUGAGACCCGCCAGGUCCGGCCCCGGACCUGCUGGCGCGGUGCGACCCCCCUACGCUGGCGGCCGAGUCGCCGCUCCUGAGCCUGGCGGGGCUGCCCGCCCCGCGGCUGCAGCGGCCCCGGCCCCGCCCGCCCGCGGCCACCUUCCUCAUGUACCAGGCCCUGCGCCGCUGGGAUGCCUAGCGAGGGCGGGGGCAGAAGGGGCGGCCGCCCUCUGACCCACCUCGACGGCUCCAGCGCUUCCCACUCGGAUUUUGUACGAAUAAAGUCUGUUGGUAACGGCC